AUGUCCGACCUUUCCGUCGGCGCACGCGUCGAGCACCUCGGCCACCGCGCCACUGUGCGCUUCCUCGGCCGUUUGAAAGGCCGCCCCGCAGACACCUGGGUCGGCUUGGAAUGGGACGACCACACGCGCGGGAAGCACUCAGGUGCCGUCGACGGCGUCCAAUACUUCCAAGUCGAUCGCCCCGGCUCCGCCAGUUUCAUCAAGAAGUCCAAGCUGGGCGCGGCCGGCCGCGUGUCGUUCGAGGCCGCGCUGAGGCAACGCUACGUCACAGACGCUUCCGACACCAGUUAUCGCGAGCAGCGCCAUGAGAUCGGCGGCUCCGGUGGCAAGGUCGAGUUUCGGUUUGGGGACUGCAUGCUGCCGAUGCGACGCCUCAAGUUUGUCGACUUAUCGGGGCUGGGCGUCGCUGCGGGGCUGGAGGAGGAGAAGCAGCCGGGAGACCUGCUCGUCGCGAUGCGAGAACUACGUCUGGCGGACUCGCUGUUUGAGUCUAUGCGGUUUGUGCACCAAAUACUCAACGAGUUUUUAAAGUUGGCCGUGCUGGACGUGUCGCGCAACGUGUUGGGCGGAAGCGAUUCGCCCGCGGAGGCGAUCGAAGGGGCAAGGCAUGACUGCCUACACACCUUGAUCAUGAAUAGCUGCAAUGUGGCGUGGAAGGAUAUACGAACGCUGUGCGGGCGGACACCAAAUUUGCGCGAACUGCGCGUGUACAACUGUUCGAUCACGUCAUUACAGCAGCCCGAGGCUUUCGUGCAGACGUUUGCACGGCUCCAGCUGCUGGACCUAGACCAGAACGGUGUGUCAUGGGCGACGGUGGUCAGCCACCUCGGCGCGUUGCCGCACUUGAGGGAACUGUACCUCAGCAGGAAUGGACUGGAGGACUGCGACGCGCUGCUCGCGACCGAGGCGGGUGGAGGGGCCGUGUUCAGACGGCUGGAAAUUUUGAGCUUGGCAGGGAAUAAGCUGGACGGGUGGCGCGUGGUCACGGCACUGCACGCGUUGCCGGCGCUCAGGCAGUUGCGCUUGGCCGGGAACCCUGUCAUGGCAGACGAGGAAGACGUGGAACGGGAGAGUCUGAAGUGUGGGGUUUUAGUUAUGACGGGGCGGAUGCACGCGAUCGCAAGAGUUGGACAGAUGCAGUUGUUGGACGGGUCGAGUAUAUCUGAGGAUGAGCGACUGUAUGCAGAAAAGAAGUAUGUGAUUGAGGUGUGCGCAGCGGGAGCAAACGCACGCGGUAUGGCGCAAGCGAAGCUGGAGAACCCCCGGCUGGAGGAGCUGUGGGCAAAGUUCGAGUUGGAUGACAACGGUGGAAUGGGUGCGGGGCGCAAGGGAGUGACGGGAUCUAUGAAGGACGACCUCAUUAAAGUGCAGAUGGAAGCGACUGCGAAAGCGGGGGCGGGGCGGCAGUGUGUGACUCGGCAUGUUCCGAGGAAUGUGACGAUUGAACGGGUGAAGCGGAUUGCGAACCGAUUGCUGAGGAUUAAGGGCGUGACGGAGGAGGUGUUCAUUCAGGUAGGGGGGGAUAUCAAGGAGGUUGAAGAUGAGUCACGGGAUAUCGACUAUUGGCUGAGUUUUGGAGAUGAAGGGGAGGGUAUUAAGCUUAUUUGUGCUUGA